AUGACUCGAGGGGAUCUAAACCACCGGCAGUCUGUCCAUGCCGCUGCAAGUCACAAAGAUGCUCGAGUGAAGAUGGGGGACUGGAACUUCCUGGGUGGGAUCUUGGAGGAGGUCCACAUCCACUCCACGAUGGUGGGCAAGAUCUGGCUGACCAUCCUCUUCAUCUUCCGCAUGCUGGUGCUGGGGGUGGCCGCCGAGGACGUGUGGAACGACGAGCAGAGUGACUUCAUCUGCAACACGGAGCAGCCCGGUUGCCGCAACGUCUGCUACGACCUGGCCUUCCCCAUAUCACUCAUUAGAUACUGGGUACUACAGGUGAUCUUUGUGUCGUCUCCCUCUCUGGUUUACAUGGGCCACGCGUUGUACCGUCUGCGAGCACUGGAGAAGGAGCGGCAGAAGAAGAAGAUAGCACUGCGGCGGGAACUGGAGGAAGUGGACCUAGAGAAGGCGGAGGUGCGUCGGCGUAUCGAGCGGGAGAUGCGUCAGCUGGACCAGAGCAAGCUGAACAAGGCCCCGCUGCGCGGCUCGCUGCUCCGCACCUACGUGGCCCACAUCCUGAUGCGCUCGGCUGUGGAGGUGGGCUUCAUGACCGGCCAGUACGUGCUCUACGGCUUCCAGCUGGAGCCGCUCUUCAAGUGUGAGCGCGAGCCCUGCCCCAACGCCGUGGACUGCUUCGUGUCCCGGCCCACCGAGAAGAGCGUCUUCAUGGUCUUCAUGCAGUGCAUCGCCUUCAUCUCCCUCUUCCUCAACAUACUGGAGAUCAUGCACCUCGGAUACAAGGCACUCAAGAAGGGAAUAUUGGAUAUUUACCCACACCUCCGGGAUGAUGUAGAUGACAGCUAUUACCCCACCAGUUACAAGAAGGACUCGGUGGUGCCUCAGGUGGCCAUGGCUGUGGGGAGGAAGUCCACUCUGCCCUCUGCACCCGGUGGCUACAACCUGCUGAUGGAGAAACCCCCGGCCGUCGACGCCUCGCCCCCCUACCCCUCCAUCAUCACCUCCCAGUCCGCCUUCAUCCCCGUGAAGGGUGGAGGGGGGGCAGACGCCACGGGAGGCAACCUCAAGAGCGCCCUCCCCGACGCCCCUAAGGAGUCGGCACAUAGCCCCACGGAGUACAACAGCAACUCCAACAACACCAGCAGCGAGACUCGCUCAGGGCCCAGCAACUCUGUUACGCCACCCAAGCCAGACGACGGGGAGGACCAGGCACACCUCCCCCCACAUGAUGAGGAGAAGGAGAGGGAGAGAGAGAAGGAGAGGGAGAGGGAGAGGGAGAGGGAGAGAGAGAGGGAGAGGGAAAGGGAGAGCCCGGAGUCCCCGCGUCUCCCACGUGACUCCUCCCAUUCCUCCUGCCCCACACUGCCCGUCAGCGCCAUCAAGAAGCCAUGGAAGGUGACGGCGCCCUGGCACUGUUCCACGGUCGUCGAGGGCAACACCUCAGAGGGGGACUCGUUUGGGAGCGUGCCUAAAGGCCGGGCGUCGGUUGGGGUGGGCGGUGCUGGUGGCGUGCGGGGCAGAGCGGGCUCCAGGUCUAAAAGGCAAAGCAGGCCAUGCACACCAGACUCCAUCGAGGAGAGCAGCUCCGAGUCCAGGGCCAGCCCCAUGCCCAUGUCCCCGCGACGCACCUCUGUAGCCAGCAGCUCCAGCAGCCGUCGAAACGCCCCCACGGACCUGCAGAUAUGA